AUGACGAUCUGUACUCAUAACGCAUCGGAAGCGAUCAUCGAAGAUCUGAUAAUGCAAGCCAAGAAGAUUAGGUACGAAGAAGAAGAAGAGGUCGAAGCUUUCUACAUGGACCUGGAGAAGUUCUACCGAGAAGAUCAUGACUUCUGCAAGGUCAUAAUUGGCGAUUUCAACGCCAAAGUUGGCCCGAAGCCUCUCCGAGUUCAUCAUGACCACUAA